AGUCAUGUCUGUGCAGUGCAUAUGCAGGCUGGCCCCAGAUCGAGACUUUCUCUUGAACAUUCCGUAUCGGGAGAUAUUGUAUGCCGCAGAACUUAGGAAAAGUAAAAAAGGACCUGUCAAAAGCGCCGUAGUCGUUAGAUGACAGCGUCUUUCCCCACGUUAGGCCUUACCGCUUUGAUGCAAAGCACAGCCCCGAGAACGCCAGAGACAGUCCACAACCUUGUGCAAGACCGAUCCACUUUGCAGAUGCCAUGGUGGCUUCCAUUGUUCAGUGCUUCUGUCAUCCAUUCUAUCAUCCUCAAAAAUUGGGGGCCUCCGACGCCCAGGACUUACGCCCCAUGGUAUGCAGCCAUCAACAGCCACAUGCAUGGACGGCAGAGCAGUCAAGCCCCCGAUUGUAAAACCUCGAUCUUGGAUCCUUUGCAUGAUACGACACCCAGGGCUGGGCGAAGAAUGAAACAUAACUUAGCAAGCUCUUCGAUUAUGAAGAAUUGGGAGGUCGCCAAUCGCCAAGAAAGGAUAAACGACACGAAGGACAGAACCGCAGUGAUACGGGAGGAAACGAGAGAGCAAACCCCGCACAUACCCCCUCCAAACCUUCCUCAGCGAAGCGAUGCUCAUGCUGAUUGACUUUCGCUCCCUCCCCGAAGUUCCUCGCCACUGAGCGAUGCACAGGAGCCAACCACCGGUCCUUCGGUGCUGUCUUGAUGCAGGUGACCAGUUCGCACCCGACGUUGCUUUCCACAUCCAUCUUACUGGCUGAGCUCAACCUAUUCACAUGAAACUGAGAACUGGUCCUCACAAAUCACAAUCAGGAACUAGUCUACCACACCAAUAUUGGAUAUUCCAGGCCCUGUGAGCCACAGAAAAUGUAAGGCGAACGAACGUUGCACUGCAGAAGCGAUCAUCCCGAGAUCAGCCAAACAGGUUAUUGAGGGGAAAGGUUGUA